AUGAGCAUGAACGACCCUCCCCGUCCGGUUCUCAAAAAGCCUAAAAUCGAAAAAACAAGCGAAGCAGGAGAAGAAAAGAGAAGCAACAAUGGCGGCAAUCACGAACAAGAAGACGAAGAGGAAACGACGAGGAAAGAGCAAGAGGAAGCUCUCGUUGCUCUUAUCGAACACCGUACUAAAGAAGUAGAACAUCUCCGCCACCGCAUCAGCUAUUAUACAACUCAGCUUGGUCAAGCAGAGAACAGAUUAGAAGAAUCAAAGAUUCAAUUGGCUCGCAUUCGUGGUCGCCACAGUUCAUUGACAACCAAAGCUUUUCUUGGGAGUGGUACAAAGGAAGCAAAUGUAGAAGAAAGAUCCAGCACUCCUUUGCAGAAUAGUCAAGGUUUGCAAAAUCUAUCCGAAAGUAAACCACAAUUGGGUCAGGAAGCUGUUAAGACAUCUAGAAACUAUGAGGGACGUGAGCGGGGAGCAGCAAGUCCUUCUGGUCACUCUGAAUACUCUUCUAAAAAUCAACCUCAGUCUAAACCAAAGGUUGUAAUUCCUAGCAUUGCUGCAAGCAGCCCUAGAGCUUCUCAACUUGUGAAGACAAAAGAAUCUGGAUCAAAAGUCGCAAGCAGUUCUGGUUCACAGCAGAACGCAAUUACCCCAACUAGUGAUAAUAUAAGUGUCAAGGUAAGAGAGGACAGAUCUUACAAGGUAUCUCCCGAACCAGAAGUUAGUGCAAGCCAAACUAAAGCGGCAAAAAGAAUAAUAGAGCUGAAAGAACAUAAAGAAUUGAUUCCACUUGUACGAAGCAGCUCUUCACCAAUCACGAUUCGUUGCCACACUGGCUCAGUUAUAUCUAGUCAACACAAAAGAAAGUUGAGAAGUCUUAUCUUAUGUCCUACAAAUGAUCAGCUAUUUGCGACCAGUGCUUUGGAUGGCAUCAUCAACUUGUGGCAGGUUCAGGGUAAAGGAUCGAGUGCCAAUCUUUUAAGUACAACUGAUUGUUCAUCCGCCAAGCAGAGGAGAUGGCCAGAAGAUAUAGCUUGGCAUCCUCAGGGAGAUAGCCUCUUUUCAGUUUACAGUGCUGAUAAUGGGGAUUCUCAAAUAUCAAUCUUGAAUUUGAACAAAACAAAAGAGGGAACUCGUGUAAGUUUUCUAGAACAGAAGCCUCAUCUUAAAGGCAUCAUCAACAGCAUAACAUUCAUGCCCUGGAAGGAUACCCGUUUUGUUACUGGUGGCAGUGAUCAUGCUGUUUUCCUCUGGUCUGAAAAGGAUGGGGAGAAUCCAUGGAAGCAUAAAGUGUUGCACCGAAGUAUGCAUUCUUCUGCUGUAAUGGGAGUUGCUGGGCUGCAGCAGAAGACAACAGUUUUGUCUGUAGGUGCUGACAAGAGAAUUGUUGGGUUUGAUGUAGCUUCUGAGAGAGCAGGUUACAAGCAUCAAAUUGAAAGCAAAUGCAUGAGUGUAGUGCCAAAUCCUUGCGACUUCAAUCUCUUUAUGGUCCAGACUGGGACCCCAGAGCGACAGCUUCGGUUGUUUGAUAUUAGAUUGAGGAAUACAGAGCUCCAUGCCUUUGGGUGGAAGCAGGAAAGCAGCGAUUCACAAUCAGCUCUUAUAAAUCAGGCCUGGUCUCCUGAUGGCUUGUACAUUUCAUCUGGAUCAGCAGACCCUGUUAUCCACGUUUUUGAUAUCCGGUUUAACGGUCGCAGACCUUCCCAGUCUAUAAAAGCUCAUCAAAAACGGGUUUUCAAAGCCGUGUGGCACCAUGCUCUUCCGCUCCUGAUAUCCAUUUCUUCUGACUUGAACAUUGAGCUGCACAAGACAUAUUGAAUAAUUUCUCUUGACUGCGGCGUCUACUGCCUUCCAUUUUUGCUCUUCUUCCCAAUGUUUAGGAAUUUGCAUUUGUAAAUUGUUGUUGUAAGAUACCUUCUGUCUUUUUGGGAACUUUUUGAAUAUUUUUAGGGAUUA